AUGUCCUGGGAAAAUACCAUUGACCCUACCGGUUACAGUACUGCCAAGGAACGCUACCGAUAUUAUCCAUCGGGCUGGCGAGCAAAAAAAGAUUGGUGGAAAACUACUGUCUUCUAUCAAAUCUACCCUAGAAGCUUUGAGAACAGUAAUGGGGAUGGUGUUGGAGACUUAAAUGGCGUCACAAGUAAACUCGAUCACAUGUUUAAUACGGGUGUCGGCGCGAUUUGGAUAGCUCCAAUUUACCCGAGCCCAAUGGCUGACUUUGGUUACGACAUAGCAUACUACGUGAAUAUCGAUCCAGAGUUCGGGACCUUGGACGACUUUGACAAUCUUGUUGCAAAGGUGAAGGAGCUUAACCUCAAGGUGAUUCUUGACUUUGCCCCAAAUCACAGCUCCGAUAAGCACGAGUGGUUCCAGAAAAGCAUUCGUCGCGAGGAUCCUUACACGAAUUACUACGUUUGGCAUGACGCAAUAUGCGAAACAGGAACCAGCAUUUACCAACCUCCGAAUAAUUGGAUCAGUGCCUUUCAAGGAUCCGUAUGGGAAUGGAACGAUCAGCGAGACGCCAGAAGUGGUUCAACCGUUCAAGAACUGAAAAUCGUAAUUGACAACUGGAUGAACAAUAUGCCUACCAACUACGUGGACAACUGA